AUGUCGCUUUUUGAACCAGCUGACGGUAUUCUGGAGACUCAUGUAACAUGGGAAGAUAUUGAAACGGAUCUUCAGAAGAAACUUGGGACGAAAGCUACUUUCGGUGACAAUAAGAAGGCAACCAAUAUUAGCGAUUUGAAGGGGUUCAUGUCAAGAAUCGCUCUAGUUGAACCAGAUUGGCAAAAUGUUGAAGAAGGAAAGGAACUUCCGAACAAGUUCGCGUUGAAAAUUUCUUCCCAACUUGCACUUGUUGCUGUAUCAAAAAUAAUGAAUUUCGAAGAUGGAAAAGGCUUCAGUGAUGAAAAAAUGAAUAAGCUCUCGAAACUGACAAGGGAUUGUCAUAACCGAGAAGUAGAGACCUACAAAAUUCUUUCUAAAUUCAAUCAUCCGGAUGUUCCUUACACAAAAGUGUAUUCCUUGAAGUCAUUUGAGGAAGAGAACGAUCUAAAAGGGUACAUGAUAAUUGAUUUCGUCUCGAAUGUUCAUCAUGUUCCAGUGUUCCGCACAAUUCCAGCAGAUGAACUUAUUCCACUUGUUCGUGGAAUUGCUACGUUUUCUGCUUUUGCACAAUCUCUUUCUCUAACAGAAACAAGUUUCGUAAUGGGAAAAGAUUAUCUGGAAAUUCUUUUCAAAGAUUUUUUCAAUGAUACUGAGUUGAACAAGAAAUUCGAAGGACUUCGUAAGCAAUUCAGUGAAGAAAAUCAAGAAAAAGUCGGGAAAGUGAUUGAAACAUUCCAUCAUUACAAAACUUUGGUGCCUAAAUAUACAAAUAUUUCGGAUAUUUUGGGAUUGAAACUAGUAUUGAACCAUGGAGAUUUGUGGCAAGCCAAUGUAAUCCAUAGUAUGGGAGAGGAUGGAAAACUGAAGUUGGAGGCGAUGAUCGAUUGGCAAGGAGUUAGCAGAAUGCCACCGGGAUUAGAUCUUUCUAGACUUUUAUUAAUGUGUCUCUCAGGAAAAGAUCGUCGUCAAAAAGGGAAUGAAAUCAUAAAAUGCUACUACGAGACGUUCACUAAAGUUUACGGAAAAGAGCUUCUCUCAUUGCAAGAGCUCCAAGACAGCUAUAAACUCUACGCUCCGAUGACAGCAAUGAUGCUCCUUCCAGACAUCAAUUCAUUCAUUGAAAGCUCGGGUGUUUCUGAAGAAGAAAAGGAUGAAGCCAGAAAGGAAUCGAAGAAGAAUAUGGUAGCGAUGAUGGAAGACAUUCUCGAUAUUCAUGAAUAA